AUGCCACCGCCAACGCCCACCGCGGGGGUAAUCCGUUCCCUACGACACUUUAUAUCCCGCCCAUAUUGCCUCUCUUCACCACUAUCCACCUCCUCCAAGCGCACCUUUUCCCUCCUCCACCGAACACCACACACCACACCUCCCUUACGCCGUAAACUGACAUCCGUCCAAUAUAUAUGUACACCAUCGUCCCUCUCUUCAUCGUCGCGGAAAUUCUCCAGCACUCCCUACCAAAAUGCCACGUUGAACCAAGUCCGUCGGGGUUGUCGGAAGGGCAAGCGUGCGAGGAAAACCACCUCGCCCGCGCUUGUAGGCCGGCCGCAGAUGAAAGGCGUGUGUCUGAAGACUGGAAUCACGAAGCCGAAGAAGCCUAAUUCCGGAGAGCGCAAAACGGCGAGAAUCCGGUUGACUAAUGGCGCGGUUGUUACAGGGUACAUCCCAGGCGAAGGACACAACAUCCAACAGCAUAGCGUCGUGUUGAUUAGAGGUGGCCGGGCACAGGAUUGUCCUGGUGUGCGGUACAUCUGUCCGUGGAGCGUAGGAUUUGUCUGGCGUUGGCAACCGUAUCACCAGCCGCUCGAAGUACGGGACGAAGAAGCCGAAGAGUGCUUAAAGCAGUUCGGGUAG